AUGGCCGAACCAACACCAACUCCCGCCGCUUCCUCCCCAGUCACUGAAACGGCUGCACCCGCCUCACCGCGGCCCGCCCCGGAAGUGGAGGUCGAUCAGGAGGAACUCGACUCCUCUUACGGGGACGAUGAAGCCUCGCGCGCCAGCACCUCGCUCAAGUCCAUUACAUCGAGAUAUGAAUGGAAGCACGGUCGUAGAUACCACGGCUACCAGUCGGGUACUUACAACUUCCCGAACGAUGAGCAAGAGCAAGACCGUCUGGACAUGAUCCACCACGUUUUCUACCGAUUGAUGCACGAUCGCCUUUACCUCGCACCCAUCAACACCGAGGGUCUCAAAGUCCUUGACAUCGGCACGGGGACUGGCAUCUGGCCCAUUCAAUUUGGCGACGAGCACCCCGAAGCUGAGGUUAUCGUCGGCAACGACCUGAGUCCCAUCCAGCCGGACUGGGUACCGCCUAACGUCAAGUUUAUCAUCGAUGACGUCGAACUUGAUUGGAUGGAGCCAGAGAAGUAUGACUACAUCCACUGCCGCUAUAUGGCCGGAUCCAUCAAGGACUGGCCUCGACUGCUGAACCAGAUCUACGAGAACCUGAAGCCCGGAGGAUGGGUGGAGCUUCAAGAGUCGGCCAACACUCUCUACUCGGAAGACGGCUCGCUCAAGCCGGACAACGCCAUGAUUCAGAUGAUGGACGGCCUCAUGGAAGCUUGCGAAAAGAUUGGACGGACCAUGGAUCCUGCUCCUUCGUUCAAACAGUGGACCGAGCAAGCUGGGUUUGAAAACAUCAGUGAAAAGAAGUUCAAGUUACCGAUUGGCAGCUGGCCUAGGGACGAGCGGUUGAAGGAAAUCGGAACCUUGAUGGGGCACAACUUUCUCGAGGGAGUAGAGGCGUUCACCGCAGCUCUUUUCAAAGAUGUCCUGGGUUGGUCGCAAGAGGAAGUCAUUGUUCUCAAUGCUGGAGUCCGAGCGGCGGUCCAUAAGAAAGAUGCGCACCCUAUUUUCGACUUCAUUGUUGUGACUGGCCAGAAGCCCAAGUCGGGCUGA